AUCUCACUCUCUUAUGGGUGGAGUUUGUCAGUGAGGAGUGAGCUAGAUUCUGUCAAUGAGGUAGUUGCUGUUAAAAGCAGAGGAGAGCAGACAGGUAGGGAGGAAGAAGAAGCGCCAGAUGUGAGCAGAUCAGAUCCUGAAUGAUCAUGUGAACUGGUAAAAGCUCACAUCCACAUGCCACAAUAUCAUCAUACAACCAGGGGGAAAUGUAGCUUCUCCUCAAGAGAAAGACAUCCCUUGGUUUACUAAAGUCUCCUACUGAAGUGUGUUUCUGAAAGCGAUCCUGCUUUUGUUUGGAGUCAGUCCUUGAAGACCCUACAGGACGUCAGUUUGCGACUGACAGUGAUGGGUUCACAGGGUCAAACACUGGCCUGGACCUUACUUCCAGUGCUUCUGCUGGGACUGAUCUACUCAUCACACGGUUCCCUUGUGAAAGUCAAUAAGGGUUUAAAGGUGAAACGGGGUCAGUCAGCCUACCUCCAGGACGGUGACCUGCAGUUCCAUAUUCCCCGUCAGAAGGAUGCAUGCAAGGUGGAGGUGGUGUUAAAUGAGCCCAUAACUCAACGAGUCGGAAAACUCAUGCCUCAGGUAUUUGAUUGCCACUAUCUGGCUGAUGAGGUAAAGUACGUGCAUAACGGCUGUCCAUGGUUAAAGGAGGACACUGUCAAGCUUCGACUGUACAGGUUCACAGAGACAGAGACAUACAUGGAGGUGUUUUCUCUCCAUUUGGACAUCAUGGAACCUGAAUGCAGCAUCAUAAAGCUGGGUCCCAAAUCCCUGGAGGUUCCUGAAUUUUACGGCCUCUCUGAUGCUGUGGAUGGCAAUGUGGUAUCCUUCCACUAUGAGAGGAGGUCUAGCCUGGAGUGUAGCAUCCAUUUGAGUAGCCAUGACACACACCUGCCAGCCCACGGCCAUUUGGUCACCGGAGAGCCAGAGAAAGCUACGAAGAGAGGGGACGAGCCAGAGAGCUUCAUCCACCUACGUCAGCAGCUAGAUAAUAAAGCCAGAGCGAUGUGUAAAUCUGAGGACUGCCUGAAGGGUCUGAAGCUAGUGAAGUUCACCAAAAUUCCCUGUGAUGACUUCCUGGUGAUGGGGCUGAGGUAUCAGCACAUAGACCCUCCAUCCCCAGACGUAGACUACAUCGCAAUCAGACUGGACCUCAAGGACACCAGGAGUGGCAGCAUAUAUCAGUCUGAACAGGCCUGGAUUCCAGUGCAGAUAGUUGGUGCAAUGCCCAACCAGCCCCCCAAACCGUCCUUCAUGUCCUUGUUUAUCCUGGAAGUGGACCAGUUUAUCCUCACUCCGCUUUCAACUGCUACACUAGACGCUGAAGAUGAGGAAACGCCCAAGCAGCUUUUGGUUUUCAACAUUACCAAACCCCCCGUGGAAGGCUUCAUCACCCAUCUGUCUGAUCACACUCGCCCAAUCUCCUCCUUUACAUGGCUCGAUCUCAAUGACAUGCUUGUUGGGUAUCAACCUCCAAACUCCUCACAUACCCAACGCAGGAAUUACGAAGUGGAAUUUGAGGUUCAUGAUUUCUUUGAGAAGAGCCCAUCAAUGACUGUUCAUAUGUCUGUACGGAAUGCAGACACGAAUGCACCCAGAGUGUCUUGGAACAUGGGUCUCAGUCUGUUAGAGGGUCAGUCCCGACCAAUAAUUUGGGAGCAACUCCAGAUUGUGGACAACGACAACCUGAAUGCUGUUCGUAUCAUCACUGUGGACGGCCUGCAGCAUGGACAGCUCACUGUCAGAGGUGGAAAGGGCUUCAUGUUCACCAUCAAUGACAUCAAAGCGGGCGUGGUUCGCUAUCACCACGAUGAUAGCGACUCCACUAAAGACUUCAUCAUCUUUCGCAUCACUGACGGCCACCAUCAGACCCGACACAAGUUCCCCAUCAAGAUCCUGCCGAAGGACGACAGUCCUCCGUUCCUCAUCACCAACAUGCUGCUGGAGGUGUCUGAGGGCCAGAUGGCCUUACUGAGAGGCUCCACCCUCCAGGCUUCAGACAUGGACUCCAGCGACAACUUCAUCCUCUUUAACAUCACACGCCCCCCACAGGCAGGAGAGGUCAUGAAAAUCCCAGGAACAGGGCUCACAGGUUAUCCUGUCAGCCACUUUCUGCAGAAAGACCUGUCUCAGUCCAUGGUUUACUAUAGACACCUAGGAAACAAGGUAUUUGAUGACUCCUUUGAGGUGGUACUGUCGGAUUUCCAUGACCCCCCCAACCUGUCAGAGCCUCAAGUGGUGAUGGUGCACAUAGAGCCUGUUCCAGACCAACCACCUAAAGAGUUUCCUGGUUCCAGCCGGUGUCUCGUGAUCAAAGAAACAGAAGUGGUCCAUAUAACACGGCAACAGCUUCACUUUGUAGACCAGGAGUCCCCAGACAGUGAGCUUACAUAUACGGUUACUACUCCACCUUUCUACACUGGUCCUCACAGCAGUCCAGAUGCAGGGAGGUUGUUCUUAGUCGACAGCAUACCCAAAUUCACCAAAGACUCCAAUGCACCAGUGCUCAGGCUCUUCACACAGCAUGCAGUGAAUUUCAAGAAAGUAGCCUACAUGCCUCCAAUCAUGGACAUCGGCCCUUACCCCCAGUAUAUCCAGUUUGUUCUCUCUGUAACCAACCACCUGGGCAAAACAGUCACCGGGAUCUGCUUUAACAUCACUGUGGUGCCAGAGAACAACCAGCCACCACAGGUUAUAACCAUCCCCCUGACUGUAGAUGAGGGAGGGGAGUCCUGGCUCGGCCCUGAACACUUGCUGCUGUCAGACUUGGACUCCAUGGAAGAAGCCCUGCAGGUGGAGCUUCAGAGGGAACCACAGCAUGGGGCUCUGCAACUAGGCGGCCUUCCGCUGAAGCCAGGCCACACUUUCACUGUUCAAGACCUGAAAAGCCUUAAAGUUAGGUACAAUCACGACAGCUCAGAAACUGUAGAGGACAACAUUGAAUUCACUGCGACAGAUGGCAUCAACUCCGUCAGUUUUGCCCUGCAAGUGAAGGUGAUGCCCAUCAAUGACGAGGUCCCAGUGUUGGUUACUGGCUUGAAACCGGUUCUCAGCUGUGCAGAGGGACAGGAAAUAGUCAUCACAGCUGAGUAUAUCUACGCUACUGAUGCAGACAGCGACAACAGCAGCCUGGCUUUCCUGAUCGCCCGACAGCCGUAUCACGGUGUGGUGCUCCGAAACGGUGUCAUCGUCGAUCGCUUCAUCCAGGCAGACAUCACUGCGGGGACCAUCAGCUACAAACACACAGGACUGGAGAUUGGACUCACUCCUCGCCAUGACACCAUCACCUUUGUUAUUUCUGACGGAGAAACAGAAAACUCUGCUCUGUGCUGCAGUGAAGGAAAUCCCGCCAGGACCAGAGGCUCUGCUCAGCUACGGGACAGUCUGCCUGUGUACGACCUCCAGAUCACAGUGUUUCCAGUCGACAACCAACCACCUUCAAUGACAACAGGAGACAUCUUUGUUGUGGAUGAAGGUGGGACUGCCCCUAUAACUGCAUCUCAUUUAAAGGCCUCUGACAUGGACACCAUCCAGGACAAACUGGUGGUCAGUCUGAUUUCUCCGCCCCAGUUUGGCUACAUUGAAAAUGUCCUGCCCAGUCCCGGCUUUGAGAAAAGCAACACAGGCAUAAGCAUAGCUUCCUUUUCAUACAAAGACAUCAUUGACGGUCAUGUAAACUACGUACAGUCCAGACACCAGAGGAUGGAGCCCACAGCUGACCAGUUCAUGCUCUGCGUAUCAGACGGCAAACACAGCUCUGCCCACGUCCCCUUCUACAUUAUUAUUAACCCGACAAACGAUGAGAUCCCAGAGUUUGUGGCUCGCAACAUCACAGUACGAGAAGGAGAAAUGAAGCAGCUAGACUCAUCAGUUUUACAUGCGAUGGAUCUGGAUGUCCCCAAGAACAUCCUGCUCUUCAGCGUGGUCAAAGCCCCACAGCACGGCAGCAUCAUCAACCACGGCAGUGAAAAGCCAGUCUACAAGAGACGGGAGGCCAGUUCCCGAUCCCCGGUGGUCGACUUUACAAUGACAGAGCUUACAAAUGGUAUGGAUCUGAUGUACAUGCACGAUGACUCAGAGAAUAUGGAGGAUAGUUUUACCAUCCAGUUGACUGAUGGCAGGCACCGACUCCACAGACAAGUGAUGGUUAAAGUGCUGCCAGUCAAUGACGAGGAGCCUCGUGUCGUCAGGAACAUUGGGCUGCAGGUGGAGCCAGGAGAAGCCAGAAUCAUAUCCAGUGUUACACUCUUUGCACAGGACAGUGAUACUCCUUCUUCAGAGGUCAUGUACAUGUUUGAGAGUGUUCCUACCCAAGGACUACUUCAGCUUAAGGAAGGUCAGGACUGGGUUACACUGACUGGGAGAAACUGCACCCAGGAGAUGGUGGAUAUGAACCUUCUGCGCUACGUGCACACAGGCCUGCACGGUGCCAAAACACAGGACUUCUUUGUCUUCUACUUGUUGGAUGGAAAGAAUCAAUCACCCCCACAGCACUUCCACAUCUCUGUCACAGAUCUAGAAAAAGGAAAUAUUGCCAUCUUUGUGAACCCGGUGAACGUCAGUCGUGGGGAUCGUGUGGUUCUCACCACAGACGUGCUGAUAGCCACAGACGGCACAGACAAGCCCGAGGAGCUUCUGUAUGUCAUCACCAACCCUCCUGCUCACGGACACAUAGAGUACAUUAAACAUCCUGGCCUGGCCAUCUCCACCUUCAGCCAGAUGGACAUAGCAGCCAACCUUGUGGCUUACGUGCAUGACAACCGAGCCAGCACACCCACAGAAACCUUUCAGUUUGUUGUGAGUAACGGUAAGACCAGCCGAAAUGGAAGCGUAGAGAUUGCAGUAGAAAUGGUGGAUCGCGUCCUGCCGUCUCUGUCCUUCAACAAAGGCCUCUCAGUCCCACAGGGCUCCUCCAUGAUCCUGGGUCCUGACUGCCUGGCCAUGUCUGACCCUGACACUCCACCCAGCACCCUGACCUUUGUCCUCCUCCAGCCUCCACAGUAUGGCAGGCUACUUUUAGGUGGUACCACACUAACUGCUGGCUCAAACUUCACCCAGAGAGACAUACAGGAGUUGGAGGUAACAUAUAAACAUGACAGGGGGCCGUCGCAGAUCGACCGAUUUGCCUUUACUGCCUCUGAUAGCACCAAUCGGGGCUUCCUGCUGGACGGGCGGUUACAUACAGAACCUGCGUACUUCACUAUUCAGAUCAAGCCUUUGGAUAAGUCGUCUCCUGAGGUUGUGAAGCUGCUUCCUCUCUGGAAAGCAGAGCUUUUAGGCGACGGACGACACGGGAUCUUUCUGUCAUCCCGUGAGCUGAAGGCCCAAGACAGCAACAGCAGAGAAGAAGAGCUAAUAUUCUGCAUCGUUCGCCAGCCCUACUUUGGUUACCUAGAAAACAUUACCACAGGUGAUUUUGUACCACAGCGCUUCUCUCAGAUGGAGCUGAACAAGAGAACUAUCGCCUACAUCAUCAACCCAGAUAGAGAGUCUCUUUCAGACAGCCUGGAGUUCAGAGUGUCUGAUCCUUUAGGGAACACUGGGCCUUCUCAUGCACUUGAAUUCAGCUGGUCCACCGUGGAGCUGUCUCAGCCUGAGUACUCUGUGUGUGAGGAGCAGGGAACUGUCUCGCUGGACAUCACCCGAAAAGGCAACUUAGCAGAGUCUUCAUAUGUCACUGUCAAGGUAAAGGAGGUGACUGCAACAGCUGGAAAAGAUUUCCUGAUAAGCCCUUCUUCUCUCAUUCAGUUUGAUCCAGGAGUGUCAAAGAGGAGCUGGCAGUCUGAGAUCAUUCAGGAUCACCUUGAGGAGGCUGAGGAGGUGUUUGAGGUGCUGCUGGUGUCCCCUGAAGGCACAGUGAUCGGCACCAUCGACAAGGCUCAAGUCACCAUCAGGGGCUCAGGAAGAGCAGGACAGUGCAGGCUGAACCAGGAUCAGGAGGCUCCUGUUCUUGGAGGAAAAGAGAUUCACUCAGACACAUACCCCCAGCAUGGAUCCAUUCAACUAGAGAAACUGCCGCUCGGCACAGAUUCAGUAAUCUGGACCCGUGGAGACAGCAUCUCCAGGCCUGGAGCAGAUGUCCAAAAAAAGAAUCUCAGAGUUAAGGGCAAUCCAAAGUCUAUUGCACCUUCAUCAGUUUUUCACAACAGGACAGACAUCGUUUAUACAUAUCAUGGACUCAUGCACAUGCAAGUAGAAGACGACACCUCCCCAUCGAGGAGGAGCAGAAAGGCAAACAUCCGUGUGGUUAGCAGGGGAGCACAGCAGCAGGCGUCACAGCAGCAGAUCCCAAAACCUCAAAAUACUGGACUGGCUAAAGGACAUGCUAAAGCUGAUAACUCCAUACCCAAGCCCUGUGUGCCAGAACUGAUGGGACUCCUGCAUUUCAACCAGACCACCAGUCAACUAUUUCACUGCAACGGUGUCUCCUGGAAACCCUGGGCUCCAACUGAUCAGAUGGUGAGUGCUCAGAUGUGUCCUCAGGGCUGGAGCUUUCAUGGUGGACACUGUUACACCCUCAGCUCGGAGCACAAGGUCACAUGGAGCACAGCUAACAGGGCCUGCAGGGAGAGAUAUAAAGGCACUCUACCAAGCGUUCUCUCUAAAGUCGACAUGGACUGGCUGUGGGACUUCAGCGGAAGAAAGCCAUUUUGGAUAGGCCUGAGUGACAGGGAGGGCCGAGGACGCUGGGAGUGGGCGGGCGGUGAGCCGGUCAGCUACACUAACUGGAGAAAGAUACCCCCUCGGUCCAAAAUGAAGGGACGCAAAAAGUGCGUCCUGGUGUGGAGAAGGGCAAAGUGGCAAAUCAGGGACUGCAGGACGAGUAGAGGUCAUCGCUUUGUGUGUUCAGUUAAAAUUUGAAUUCGACAGUGUAGACAGCAUCGCAGGCAUGAGCCACUGUGUCGUUUCGAAAGGUUGCAGGAGGACUGACUGAUCCUCAGGACAUGCAGAACUGCAAUAACAGACAACUUUCCAAUAAGGAUCAAUGGGAACUUUGCUGGAACUGUUCAUAUCAUUUAUAAUGAACUUUGUGACAAAUAUUGUGUCUAAAAAAUAUAUUUCUACACUAAGUUACAUUGUUUACACUGCAUUUAUUAUAAUUAACCACAGAGUAUUGUUAUAUACAGUAUGUAAAGCUUGUAAGAGAUUUGUUUUUAAAUGUAUUUAGUGUCUUUUGCUUAUUUCAGACAGAACCAAUGCUAGAUUACCAACAGGAGCCCUCGACCACCACGGGCCCCGAAAGCCCCAGGUUCACUGUGUGUCAGUUAGUUUGUGUUACAGGUAAUUUAGUUGCAAAUCUGUUUGUUGAUAUUCAUCUUGGUGCAACAUUCCUAAGGCACCCUGUGUCCAAAUCUAGUUGUAAGGCUUUUGUUAUUUUAAUUUAUAUUGUGCUUACAUUGUACAUAUUCCUGUAUUAAUUUGUGUUUAAUCAGAUUACCACAACCUAAUUGACACACAGUAUUCUAGCAGAAGAGUGCUGUUUGGUUUCUGUGUCUACAGGCAAAAUAUAAUGAAAAUGCCAUGUGUAGUCUGCUGUGUGUACUGUACUCAGUGGGAAUUUGGGGGCGAAAGGGAAUAUACACAAUGCACAGACAGUGGUGGUGUUGGUAGGGAGUGGGGGCCAGUGGGGGCCCAACAGCAAAUUUUUGCCAGCGGGCCCCCGUAAAAGGCUAAUCCAGCCAUGGGCAGAACAUCUAGUUCCACUUUGUUAAAUUGUAUAUUUGCUUUUUCACAAAUCUUUGUUUCACCAUGUUUUUAUGAAGAUUAAAAUGAAGCUUGAGCUCUUUAUUUCUUCAAA